AUGUUUACAUAAUUGAAUAACGAACUCAUUCAAUUGCAAAUUAGCAGGUCUGGAGAUUUAUCACAUCUGAUAAAAACCUAUCAGAAAAAUUUCUAAUUACAAAUGAAACCAUUGACAUAAACUUCUCAUUAAUAGAUGACUGAUUACAUAAGUAAAUUAAGCCUCAAAGAAGAGAGCAGAUAAAUUGAUUAAAGGAGAAUAUUUGGCAAUUUGAAAGCCUUUAAAGAUAUUAAUGAGAGUAAAUAAAAAAUCUUCAAAACAGUCCAUAGAAAGAUAGCUUAAAUCAAUAUUAAGACUAUUGAGGAACAGGAAAUAGCUAAUCAAAUUCAAUGGACUAAUACUUUGUAGCUAAAUUCUUAAUCACAACUUUUAAUGCUAAUGGGUAAUGAUGAAACUUUUAGUAUCUAAAGCAGCAAUAUCACUAACAUUGAAUUUAAAAGAAUCAAAUAGGAAUGUCGAGAGUUGAGAAAUAAAGUGAUUUUGAUAAUAAAUAAUAUAAAUUACAUCCUAGAGACUUAAUUGUUGAUUAUGGACGAUAAAAUUGGAUAAAAAUCAAAGAAGGAUUUUAUUUAUCAGCUAUAAAACUAUUACAUUUCAGAUUAAAUCUCGAGAAAUUAGGAAAUAAAGGCUGCUAGAACUUAAUACUAAUAAAAAUAUAAUGAAAAUAAAGAAAGAUCUAAGACUUAAUUUAAUAAAUUAGACGAUAGCAAUUCAUAAAUAAAUUAGAGUGGAUCUCAGAACAAGUAAAUUUCAAAGCAAUUUAAAGGCUUAGAAACUCUGCAGAUGCUCCAGAGAGCCUUAGGUGAAAAUAAAUAAACCAAUCUGAAAGAGAUAUAACGAGAAGCUAAAUCUUAGCUUGCAGGUUAAAGAACAAUUUAAGCUUCUUAUGUUUUAGCUGAGAGUAGCAAUACAGCUUCAAGUUUUUAUAAAACAAAGACAAAUUAGUCAAUUAAUUCAUCCUAAUCAAAGCGGUCUAUUAAGAACUCUAUUUAAAAUGACUUCCAUGAAAUCUAAGCUGACUAUUUAAACUAACUUGAGAGUAACUUCAAAAAUCUGUAAAGCAUUAAGUCUGCUAAGAAAUUCUAGAUAAUGAGAGCAUUAAGACAUAUUUAAAGAUGGUGGAAAAUAUUUAAUGCAGAAAGGAAAUUAAAAGCUGUUUAAAUGAUUGAGAGAAAUUACAAGUUAACUUUGAGUGAUUUUAUGAAGUUAAAACGGUAGAUAAUAAUUGUUAUGAAGAGAUAUAGUGCUAAUAAGAUCUAAAGAUGGUACAGAUUGUGGAGGAAAAAGAGAGUGAUUCUAAGAUAAAAGUAAAAUGCUAAGAUUUUAGGCAAGUACCUAAAUCAAUUAGGGACCAUUAUCAAACUUCAAUCAUUUAUCAGAGGAUGCUUGAUAAGAAAGGCUUUAAGAUUUAAGCGAUACUUGAAAAAGCUAAGGGUCUAGCGACAAAAUGAUAGGAAUUAAGAGAAAAAGAUCAUAUACUAUCGAACUAUAAGAGUUAUAAAUUCGGCAAGAUUGCAUAAUUGUGUUUAGAAGUAGCUAUAGGAAAGAAUGUUUUACAUUUAGUAAUUCGAAAAGUAGUUUUAAAAGUGA